AAUCCAGCCCUCGUGCUGUCAGAGUGGCUACAGUAGAGUGCUUCAGUGUGGUCCUGUCACUGUGUAGGCAUGAAGAUGGAAUCCCAUGGACAGUGUGUUCUGUUGGCCCUCCUGCUUGUGUCUAACGUUCUAAUCCGUGUACACGCCCAGGAGGGGGAGGAGGUGACUGAGACAUGGACAGGACGAGCCUGUAAGUGUGACUGUGAGGGGGCAGAAUCCCCAACCCAGUUCACCUCCCUCUCCCCCACCCCACCACGUGUCAUGGAGUGCAUGCCAGAGUGUCCGUACCACAAGCCCCUGGGUUUGGAGGCUGGAUCAGUCAGACCAGACCAGAUCAGCUGCUCCAACGAGGAUCAGUACACUGGCUGGUUCUCCUCCUGGCUCCCCAGCAAUGCCAGACUCAACAACCAGGGCUUUGGGUGUGCUUGGCUGUCUAAGUUCCAGGACAACAGCCAGUGGUUGCAGAUUGACCUGAAGGAGGUGAUGGUGGUGUCUGGUAUCCUGACCCAGGGGCGCUGUGACGCUGACGAAUGGAUCACCAAGUACAGUGUCCAGUACCGCACCGACCAGAAUCUCAACUGGAUCUACUACAAGGACCAGACGGGGAACAACAGGGUGUUCUACGGGAACUCGGACCGCUCCUCCUCGGUUCAGAACCUCCUGCGUCCUCCCAUGGUAACUCGCUACAUCCGUUUGCUCCCUCUGGGCUGGCACACACGUAUCGCCAUCCGCAUGGAGCUGCUGCUCUGCAUGAGCAAGUGUACCUGAUUCUGUCUGUCCUGACGACCAGGGUCACACUCAGCAGGGUACAACACCGUGGAACGUUCAGACAGAAAAUGUAAUGAAUAGAACUGACAUGAUUCUACAUGACAGAAAGUCAUAUUGGUUCUACACAAUAUAUUUCUAUGUGACGGUCCUGUAAUGAUACACCAUCCUGAACAGGCCCAAGGAGAGCCCUGGUCGUUCCCCUGGUCGUUCCCCUGGUCGUUCCCUAUGCCAAGGUGGAAUCUACUGCUCUGGAAACCCUAGUUUCCUUUCCUUCCCCAAACGGUUAAGUAAUAUCUCUCUCCCAGGGAUGGGGUUUAUGUGUGAAAAGGUCCAUUCUGUUUUCAGAUUAGAUGUGUUACAACAACAGUUUUAUUUAUGAUAUUUUUUUUUACACUGAACAUAAAGGGGUGGAUGGCCAGGUGUUUCCACUUGGGUGAGGAAGAGUGGAUAAAUACACGCCUGUGAACCGACAAACACAGAGAAAUUGGGGAUGAUUAUGUGAUGAGGAAAGCUCAGAGAAAGAGAAGACUACCAGUCCUGUGGUUAACUGGAUGUUGUCUACUGUACUGUACUGUACUGUACUGCACUGUACUGUACUGUACUACUGUACUGUACUGUGUUGUGUACUGUACUGUACUGUGUUGUGUACUGUACUAGUGUACUGUACUACUGUACUGUACUACUGUACUGUACUGUGUUGUGUACUAUACUGUACUGUGUACUGUACUGUACUACUGUACUACUGUACUGUACUACUGUACUACUGUACUGUGUUGUGUACUAUACUGUACUGUGUACUGUACUGUACUACUGUACUACUGUACUGUACUACUGUACUGUACUGUACUGUACUGUGUUGUGUACUGUACUGUGUUGUGUACUGUACUACUGUACUGUACUUUGUUGUGUACUGUGCUGUACUGUGCUGUGUUGUGUUGUGUAUGUAGUUUGUGACAUCAGUGAUGUAGAGGUUAUCGUUCGUUGCUUGUUUUAUUGUAUUCAUUUAAAGUUGACCAAAACCAGUUCCUGAAAUAAAGACAAACUCUUGUA